AUCAUACAUCCGCUUGAUAAUAUACUCCUUACCUCGAUUUUCAAAUUCGUAAAAACUACACAAGUGCAGUAUAUCUUUUCAAUUUUAAGACAUAAGCCUAUAAAUUGAAUUCAUUAUUAAUUGCAACUUUCAUUAUUUAGUGCAACAAUAUCACUCAAAUCAUUCGCCCAUGAGCUUGCUCACAAGGAUCAUGGCAAAUCAAUUAGCGUAGGGAUAUUCAAUGAACUAUUUCAAACAGCAAUGGCUGCCAAAGUUAAAAGUUUUACAAAUUAGUUGAAAAUUUACGAAAUAAGUUGAAAUGGGGUAAAUUUGUCACCCAAAGGAUUAAAGAAUGAUGAGGCGAACCGGAUGUCACAUCGUAGUAUGGUUAUUAAUCACCCUUUUACGCACAGUUGUGUGUGACUGGUAUAAUGGUUGCUAUAUGUACAGACAGUGGGGUGGCAUGUUUGGUGGUACACCACAGCAAAACUAUUCUACACCUGUAGCCUGUUUAAAACACUGUUUGGAUGACAGGUAUAGCUAUGCUGGUGUGGCUUUACUGCAAGGUGAAUCCCAUCAGUGCUGGUGUUACGACUAUAUAUAUCAACUGUCGCCCUUAGAGAAUGGCUGUACUCAAAGUUGUCAUGGUGACUUGGAUAUCCCCUGUGGUGAAUCACAAACCUCUGUUGCAAUUUAUACAAGUGAGGGCCCUUAUUUGGUUGAUGUUACCAUGGUAACAGAUGAUAUCACCUUGGUGAACCAUGAGGUUGUCUUUGAAGUUAUUGGACAUUUUGCUGUAGACUUUGAAAAUUAUACAACAGGUAUUGCAGAGACACCUAUUGAAAAGUUUGCAGAUGUUCAAUUUAACUGGCAGAUAGAUGGGGAUGUUGAACAAGAAAAUGCUACUGUUGAGAAUAAUGUUGCCAGAGUCACAUUACGUCGUACAUUCUCAGAGCCAGCCAUCUACCCAAUUAAUGUCACAGUGGCAAGUAUUUUGACCAGUGUCUCAAAAGAGUUCCAACAUGAGGUUGUCCUUCCAUACCCAACAAAUCUGGAGGUAGCAGUCACCACAUCAAACCAAAAUAACGAGGACCUUCCAUCAUGUAUCCCACAAUCCAUCAGCAAAAGUUAUGCCAAUGAAGAGCUGUUUGCGUUAUUUGUUGAUGUACCCAUGAUAUUUGUUGCUUCGUUACAAUUUGGGGAAAAUGUUACAUACUCGUGGGAAUUCACAGAUGAUAGAACAAAGAUCACCAGUGAACCAUAUCUGAGACAUUUGGAUUGUGAGAAUAAUCGUGAAUGUUUAAUUGAUUCACAGCUCCACACAUUUAAUGAAACGGGAGUGUUUGCAGUCCAUGUAAAUGUCACCAAUCAUCUUGGGUCGCUGGUCCACACAAUCAAUGUUGUUGUGAUGCACAGAGAGAUCAGAAAAUUGAACAUCACAUUUUCACCAAAGUCCAGCAAUCUCACAACACCAGGUGAAAUCACAUAUUUUGACAUAUCCAUGGUAACAACAUCCAGGAAGGACUCUUUAUUGGAUGUUCAGUUUGGAGAUGGCACAAAAGCAACUUUUGUGUUGCGUGACCAAAAUGGGACGCUCCUAGGUAUGCAGUACCCAAGUCCAGGCCAUGAGAUUUUCCUGGUUGCAAGUUAUGGUGAGGGAUGUACAUUGAAAGUGGAAAUUGAGCAUACAUAUACAAUACCAGGACAGUAUGUGCCAGAUAUUAAAGUACACAAUAAUUUUACAGAGGCCCAGGCUAGUCUUCUGAGACCAUUGAUUGUGAUGAACAGAAUUCGAGGGAUACGUGUAACAUCUCCCUGGCAUGCAGCUACUGAGUCAACAGUUAUGUUUGAUGCUUCAUUUGUAACCCGAUCAGAUAAUGUCACGUUUCAUUGGUCAGUUAAACAACAAAAUUUAACUCUAGGUGAAAAGUUUGUGAGUUACUCGAACCUUUUCUAUCAUAGUUUCCCCGACCCUGGGGUAUAUGUGGUACAUCUGCGGGCAGAGAAUAUUUUAAAUUGGGAAGAAACCGAUAUUACUAUUCAUAUACAAGAACCUAUAACAGGCUUGUUUAUAACAUCUAGUCAUGAAAAAUAUAUUGCAACUGAUGUUGAGGCCUUGUUCAGAGUUGACUUAGCUACAGGGAGCAAUGUUGAAUAUAUAUGGGACUUUUCCGACCCAUUAUCUAAAGACACCCAUAUUGUGCACGGAAACAAUUUCUCCAUCGCUAAUCAUACAUUUAUCAAGCCUGGGAAGUAUAACGUCACGGUGACUUGCCACAACAUGCUUGACUACGUAAGUCAGAGUUUUCCCCAUUUGUUUUCUGUGCAAGAGGUUGUUAGCACCGUGCUAGUUACUACUGAUGGGCCUACAUUAUUAGGAGAAUUCUCAGCUGUGAGUGCCAUGGUUGCCAGUGGAACAGAUGUUCAGUUUGAUAUGGACUUUGGUACUGGACGUAAAAAGGUCCUGAGUGAUGUUGUAAACCUGUCCGUUACUGUUACACAUAAGUUUCCCUCACCAGGGACACACAGUGUUACCAUCUAUGCCUACAACAAUGUGUCGGCCAUCUCCACGACAACAGAUGUACAGGUGCAGCGACAAAUAGAUGAUGUCACAAUUGAAUUUGUUGGUGACACGGUGAAAGAUGCCAAUGUGACCUUCAUAUUGAGGACUGGGGGGGUGAUACAAAUAGAUGAAAGUCUGAUGUUGACAUGGCUAGCUGAGAGUGACCCACCACAUGUUACAAAACUACCAAUAUUUACACAUGCUUUCUCCAGUCUAGGGAAACACAUUGUAAACGUAACAGUUGAAAACUUAGUGAGUUAUAAGCAAGUCAGUGUUGAAGUGGAUGUGACUAGUGCCGCUCUAUUAGGGGUAGAGGCCACCAGCCCAAGGUCAACCUGCCCUGUUCUCAAUCAUCCUAGAAUAUUAAAGCUGGGGUCCCAGUGUGUUUUUACACUACAGAAUUUCCAGCGACAGGACACAAUAUAUGUUGUUAGUAACUAUGGAGAUGGCAACACAGAGUCGAAGCAAUUCAACACCGAGCAAGAUAUUAGUUGGGAGUACUUAUACCAGGAAGCAGGGCUAUUUCCUGUAAGCAUUAAUAUGUCAACCCAUGGGGAGAAUACACGCUGUGUACUGGAGUCUAUGCUGGUUAUACAGGAGAGUAUAGCUGGGUUGGUUAUAGAGGGCCCUAGUGCUGUUCCCGUAGGAAGUGAAUCUAAACAUGACAGCUGGCAAAGCACAUACACUAGUGGCUCUCAUGUUAUAUAUCGCUGGAACUUUGAUGACAACACAUCAUUACUCACUCCAGCUAAUAAGGUGCAACAUAAAUUUUCUAUCCCUGAAAAUGUUAAUGUGACAGUUGAAGCCAUAAAUGAUGUCAGCAAAGCUAUGGCGUUCCAUCCAGUUUUUGUUCAGCACCCUAUCUCACAUGUCACCAUUACUGCACCCCCAGUCAUCUUACACUCCACAUCUAGAAUCACAGUUGAUAUAACAGGCGAUCGUCCAUUUUCUGCAACAUUAGAUUUCGGUGAUGGAGUCGAUGUGCAGUUGACAUCAGAAGAUUCAGAUAUCGGCCUUCAAAUUGUGCCUCAGGUUCGAGAAGGUUUAGUGCCUGUUUACAGAUUCACUAAGCAGCACUUAUAUGGAGGUGUUGGCUCUUACUUCAUCAGAACAAAUGUUUCAAACCAGGUGGAUUGGUAUAUUCAAUCAAAGAACACUACAGUAGAGGAACCUAUCUCUGGUAUUGUUUUAACCACAGAAGAUGACCCUCUUGUUAUGAUUGGCAACUCUGUGACAGUCACAGCCACUGUGCAGAAUGGAAACAACCUUGAAUUUGUAUGGAAUUUCCAUGACCAAUACUCAGUUACAACAGUCAAUCAAAUUGACAGUCAAACAAGUCAAGCUACUCACACUUUCAACGUCGCAAACUGGUAUACAGUAUCUGUAGAAGUAAAAAACUAUCUGUAUUCUCAACCAAUCAGUGCGGAACUACCAUUUAAAUUUAUUGUUGCUGAACCAGUCAAAAAUAUUGAUAUAAUACAUUUAUAUGGGAGUAAUUUCUCACCAUUAAAAAUGGAGAAUGGCAACUGGACAACAGACAAGUUGUUCUUCAAGGUCACCUGCUGGGAGGGCUCUGAUGUUUACUUUGAUGUUCACUAUGGAGAUGGAACUGUUCAGUCCUUACUCUCGUCCCAAACCUUAUAUGGUGGUCGAGAGGCUAUUAGCAAUCACUACUAUAAGACAGAGGGGGUAUUUACCAUCAGACUGAUAGCAAGGAACCAGCUAGGAAAUGUGACAGUAGUUAUGAAAAAGCCAUUCAUUGUACAGAAACCCCCAACUGGGAUACAAUUGAACAAAAGAGAAUAUCACUCAAGACUGAGUAAUAUAACAGUUUUCAGUGCAAGUCUAAAAUAUGGAACCAAUGUUUCUUAUGAUUGGGAUUUUGGAGAUCAAACUCAACUUAAAAAUGAAGGCUCUGAAGUAUCCCACAGAUACAUUACUAGUGGAAGACAUGCCGUUACAGUCAAGGCACACAACAAAGUGGCCGAGGCCACACAAACUGCUUAUGUUUAUGUCUGGAAACCAAUUCAAGGUGUUGAUAUCAGUUUAGCUGGAACUACAUACAGGGCAAAGCAAACUAGCAUGGAAUUCACCGCAACUCCACAUCCACAUGAUCUUCAGAUUGUGCGUUAUUAUAAUUGGGAUUUUGGAGACUCCUCUGCCAGAAAAACAACAAUUGCUGGCAAAAUUAACUAUUCAUAUGGAAAGGUUGGAACAUACAUAGUUCGUGUUGAAGCUGAAAAUGGCAUCAGUAGAAUGAUAUCAGCCCCUUUUGAAGUGAAUAUCUUUGCAACUAUCAGCAAGGUAGAAAUCAGAUAUAAUACAGAUCCUCUGAUUGGCCGUCCUAUGAACAUUACUGCUACACACUUCCAAGGCAAUAAUGUAACAUACACAUGGGAUUUUGGAAAUGGUGAAGUCAAGAAUACAUCCAUCAUGCAAAUUCAACAUACAUUUCGAAGCAAAGGGGCAUACAUCAUCAAAGUGCGUGCCAGGAAUUUGUUGAAUGAACAAACAGCAGAGAAACGAGUAUUUGUAUUGGAAAGAUAUUGCCGUCCCCCUGAGAUUGAAAUUCUUGGUGGAGAGGAUAGGAAGAUAUAUCGAUCUGACACUCUGAAAGUGGAGGCCACUGUUGAUGUGAAUUGUUCCAUCACCAACACAACAAGAUAUCAAUGGAGAAUCUUGAAUGAAACUACACAAACAGAGCUUGAUCUAGCAGAGUAUGCUAAAGAACUUGAGUUAGAUCGCAUCCUGAUAUUACCCCCGAGAUCCUUACCAUAUGGUAUCUACACGAUACAGUUAAAGGUUGCAAUGUCAAAUACAAUUGUUUGGGAAAUGGCCAAGUCAUCUAUAGAAAUUAUUCCGACACCUCUAUACAGUGUAAUCAAAGGUGGUGUGAUGCGUUAUGUUGGCCCCAAUGACACAAUUCACCUAGAUGGAAGGGAAUCUUCAGAUUUGGAUUAUCCUGAGGAUUCUAGUAUGAGCUACGAAUGGAGCUGUUAUGAACUAAACAAUGCUGCCCUUGGAUGCCUUGAUGGUGAAAAUGGUACAUUUAUUAGUAAUCAAUCCAACUUGAAUAUUGCUGCAAAUGCUGUUAUCCCUAACCUUGCUAUGCAGUAUGUAUUCAACUUGACCAUUAUGAAGCCUGGCAUAGGUGGCCACCCGCCAAGGUACUCUACUACAACACAAGUCGUGCAGAUUGAUAAACGUAAGAAUUUGGAUGUCAGUGUGAAAUGUGCAGUUUGUGACGAUGGUGUGAUAAAUUCUGAAGAAAGAGUCAUUCUAGAGGCAAAUUGUGAUGAUUGCAAUGAUGACAAUGUCACAUACAGCUGGAGGAUGUUCCUCGUCGCUGAUGAACUCACAAUCUCUGGCGCUAAUGAUGACUUUUGUGUUAAAGCAGAUGGUUCCUCAUAUCAACAAUUUAUGUUAUUAAUGGCUGAAAUAGAGGCUAAUAAGACAGCAAGUGGCAGCACAACGACAGUGCCAACUACAAAAACUACUACAGUGAGCACUACCAGCAGCACUACUACUACCCAUAGGUCAGACACUGGGGGAGAGAUAUUCAAUCCUCCUUUCGGGGGAAUUCCUCAAGGUCCACCAGGGAUCCCAGUUGGAUCCAUAGGGGAAGGUGGAGUUGAGGAAGAAGAAGGACGAGGCAAGAGAAGCAUCAUGAUUCACGACCCAACAUCUGCCCUGAAACGUCGAAAACGGCAAUCUGAAUUUCCUCCAUGGCAACCACCAAAUAUUGGUGAAGGUAUUGGUAGUGGUGGAAUAGCAGAGGGUCCCUCUGAUGGGGGAGGUCGUGGUGGGGGAGGCAGUGGCACUGAUAACACUAUAGCAACUACAGAGGCCCCAGGGGAUGAAAUUGUAGACACAAUCAACACACCCAGAGUUGAUCCACAUGUCAUGACAAAGGAUAACUACCCAAUAACACUAAGACCUGAGCAGACUGUCACUGGAGUGAAUAAUAAGAUUCUAGUGCUCAACACUGGUGAACUGAAGCAAAAUAAGACACACAUAUUGGAGCUCACAAUUACUAAAGGAGAGCUUCAAGGAAAGGCCAAGACAUAUUUCAAGGUGAAUCCGAGUCCAUACUGGGGCCAGUGUGUUAUAGAGCCUAUAGAAGGGAUAGAGCUGGAUACACAAUUCCACAUAACUUGUAAUGAGUGGAAGGAUGAGAAUGUUCCCCUGACAUAUGAAGUGAGCUACUCUCUAUCUGAAAAUAAAGCCAAAGAUCUGGUGUACCAAGGCCUUAACUCUAGGAUUCACUUCCCACUUCCAGCUGGCCUGCCGGAGAGAGACCACAAUGAAGAGAUUGAUGUCAUUUAUCCAAAAGAUGGCUUCAUCUCUACAAAUAUACAAUGGUACAACCAGCCAAUGGGUUCCACGACUAUUAUGGUACCAAGUCAAAAACAAUAUGUGUUGGUGUACAUCUCAGUGGUUGACAGUCUCAGGGCAAGAACGGAGUUGUGUGCAUUUGAAAUACGUGUCACCCCAAAGGAUCUCCAAGAAGGUCACACUACUGCAGAGGAAAUCUUACUUGGCUAUGUGGAGGGGACGCAGAAAGUGGCAGAGUUCUCCAUCAAUGCUACAGCCCAUAAGAAGGACAGUUCACAGACACGCAAUCAAGUGAGGCUGGUGGCCACACGACUGAACCGCCUAGAUGAUGUCCAAGGCAAUACAUCUAAGAUGGAGACGCGUAGGAAGAUACGCAAGAUGUUGGUGGACUACAUUGAUGAACUGCCAAUCAGGGAUGAGUACGAAGUGGUACAGAGCCUGUCAGUGUUGAAAUGGAGCACGCAAAAGCCAGAAGAGCUGACCCAGAAAGCCCAGUAUGUGUCUACGUCUAUCCUGGACAAGGCUGUUACAGAGUCAGAGAGGUUGUCAAACUCAACUCAGAAGUCUGUUUCAUCAGAUGUCUUCAAACUUGGUAUAGAUGCCAUCUCCAACAUCAUUGGCGCAUCAAUCCUCAUGGAAGAGACAGAGUUCCAACACAAUAUGGCUAAAUCAGUGGUUACUAAAUCAGUUGAUGUCAUGAAUAGAAUAGUAAAGAAUGAAAUUCACAACCAGGUAAUGGGGGAGGGGCCUAUAGAGGCAUCGACCAAGCACCUGUCAAUCUAUGCUCAUCGUCAUAAGAGUUCAUUCACGCAGAACCUCACUUCACAUGAAGGUGCCCAGUUCUUCAUACCACCUACCCUAGAUGCUAUCAUCACUUCUCAUAAUCUGACCAAGGCAAAGAAAGAAAACUGCUUCCAAACUCACAUGACCUCAUUUAAACGCAACCCAUAUAUUUACCAUGAUAUGGGUUUUGAGCCAAUACAGAGUCAGGUAGCUGCGUUGAACAUCUAUGACUGUGAGGGAGCAGAGAUCAAUGUCAAAGAUCUCCCAAAACAAGAUGAAAUAGGACUGAUGAUACCCAGAACAUAUCACCAGGUAGAGCAAUUGUCCAACUAUACACUACAGCGGGACACAAUGAACCUCCACCAGUUCUACGUGACGGACAUGAACACAUCAAAGUCUAUCCAUGUGCUCAUAGAGUUGAAUGAAGUGAAAGUAGGGAGAACUUUCCCCAUCAGUAUCCUCAUAAGUUAUAAUAAAGAGCCCACACCAACCUCAUAUAUGAUGAGAUACGACUUCAGUAGACUGGAUGACAAACUAGAGCUGUUCCUGCCAUCUAACUCCCUCCCUGAGACAGGCACAUAUUACUUGGCUGUUGUGGACUCUAGUUACAAUUCUGGUCAAAAGAGGCCGGGAGAAGUUCACAAACGUACUUACUCCCUCAAGUUCUGGCUUGGAAACUGUAUGUUUUGGGAUGAUGGGAAAACUAAAUGGUCGACAGAUGGGUGUACCAUACAUUCAACAUCAACUUACUUCCAUACGAAAUGCAGUUGUAACCAUCUGACAUCAUUUGGAGCACACUUCUCUCUUGUGCCAAACACAUUGGGUCACCGCAAUGUGGAGGAUUUCUUUAGUAUAUCUGACAAUCCUGUCAUGUUUUCCCUGAUCAUCUGUAUCAGCAUCGUGUAUAUCAUCCUGUUGUAUAUAUGCUGGCGUGCAGACAAACACGAUGAAAAGAAGGGAAAUAUUGUCUUCCUUGUUGACAAUGAUUCGCAGCAUACUCAGCGUUAUGAGAUCACGUUUGAAACAGGAUUUCGCCGUGCAGCUGGCACGACUGCUAAGGUCAGUCUUGUCCUACAUGGGGAGGAAGGAAUGUCUGAGACGCGGGAAUUGGUGAGCGACCAGGGACAGAGCUUGUUUGAACGGAAUUCCAGGGAUACAUUUAUUAUGAGCCUUAACGAGAGUAUUGGACGAAUAUGGAAAGUACAGAUCUGGCACAAUAACACCGGUGUAUCCCCUAGCUGGUACCUGAGCAGGGUCUGCGUGAAGGACUGCAAGUCUGGCAACAUCUACUACUUCCAGUGUGAGAAGUGGUUCGCUGUUGAGGAGGAUGAUGGCAAAGUAGAGAGAGAAGUCAUGGUCAUGGAAGGAACUCUCAGCUUUCAGAAGAUUUUCUGGAGUAAGGGAACUCAAUAUUUUGCCGAUUUCCACCUUUGGACAUCUCUAUUCACUCGUCCGUCACCUUGUCGCUUUAAGCGCACUGAGCGUCUGACAUGUUGCCUGACACUGCUGAUGUCAUACAUUGUACUGAAUGCCAUGUGGUACAAGCAACAGGAAGAUGUUUACAGGGGGGAGUUUGGCCUACUUGAUGUGUCAUGGAGGGCUGUUGUGGUCGGCAUCAUCACCAGUCUCAUCAUCUUGCCUGUAUAUGGCCUCAUUGUCCUCAUGUUCCGUCGUAGCAGGAUGAGAAGAUCUGCGAAGAAGAACUCUGAGAAAGAUUACAAAAGUGGUAAACCUGAUGACCAGCAUUCUGAAUCUGAUAUCCAGUCGCACGUUGAGCCUAUUAUGACCUACUCCAUUCUGGACCAAUCAUUGAUGAACUUACAAAACCUGCAAGAAUGGGCACAAAAACAAUGGGCCAAACGCUACCAGAACUCUGCCAUGUCAAGCUCAGAGAGUGUGAAACCACAACGGAGUGAUAUCCAUCCUAAACUGGAAGAAGCUGAUCAGACAUCUAGUGGCUUUGAAGAUAACACACAUAACAGCACACAACAGCUGGUGAAGAAGAACGUGUGUACUCAUAAACUGAAGAAACUGUUUACUAGUAAUAGCGGAACUAUUGCUGAGAGCCCAGUGAAGAAUUCAACUGACCGUGUAGGCUGCCAGAUAUUUCUGCCAUUCUGGUGUCGCUAUGUGGCCUGGUGCUUGUGUUUUAUGAUCUGUGUGGCAUGUGCUACCGUCACCAUCCUUUAUGGCUGUAAGUUUGGUCGUACCAAGAGCAUCAUGUGGCUCCAGUCGCUCUACUUCAGUGUUGUGCAGUGCAUAUUCAUCUCACAUCCUCUAUUGAUCAUCUUAGCUGCUGUCUACACUGGUUUGCGCUACAGGAACAACUACUCAGUGUUCAACCAUUACAACGAUGGCUACCUAGAGGAGCGCCUAGAGAUGGCAGAGAGGGAACGCCGCAAUAAGGUCCAAUAUGAUCAGAACUAUGAGGAAGAUGAACUAGCAAGAGGUAUAGCUGCAAGACAGAGAUCUAGGUAUCUGAGAUUUGCAAGACCACCUCAGGAGAAACAACUGAUUGAAGCCAGGAAGAAAACCCUGAAGGAGAAGAAAGCGUACUCUAUCAUCAAAGAUUGUGUAGGUUUUGGCUGUAUGGUUGUGUUGCUCUUCUUUAUAGCAUUCGGCAAGUGCAAUGACAUGACCUUCAAGCUGAAUAAAGCAGUCAAGAAUGCCUUCAUCUACGAGGGGCAUCCUAGCUUCAGUGAGCUUACAACGGAGGCUGAGUGGUGGACUUGGGCCAGGACUAGCUUGCUGGACUCAGUCUAUUGGGAAAGUUGGUACAAUGGCAACACAGCACCACGUGGUCAUAUUAUGAAUGGUGCCGCAGCCAUUAUUGGAACAGUUAAUAUUCGCCAGUUGCGUGUCCAAGAGAUGGCCUGUAACAUCCCUGAGCCUUUCUCCAAGACUAAUUCAUGCAGACCCCAUUACUUCUACAAUGACAGGUCAACUGACACCUAUGGUGAUAACUGGCAGUUCUCUUCUGACAAUGAAAGAAGUGAUAUCUGGGGACGACAUGGAACCUAUGACGGCAGUGGGUACAAUGUUGUUUUAAAACCAACACGAAUGGAGGCCUUCAAACAGUUGCAACGUCUCUUUGAUAACAGCUGGAUUGAUAAGAAAACAAGGGCUGUUGUCGUUGAGUUUACACUUUUCAAUGCUCCGACAAAUCUUUUUACAAGUGUCCAUCUGGUAUUGGAAACUCCUCCUAUGGGUGGUGCUACCUCAAUGGCUCAUAUUAACUCUGUCUACCUGUAUCGUUACGUCACAUCAUUUGACAACUUCAUCCUAGCAUGUGAGCUGCUGUUUGUCAUAAUCAUCCUGUUCAAAGUGCGUCAUGAGAUCUGUGGUGUGAUUAAAAGACACACAAAGUACUUCCGGAAGCCUUGGAAUAUUCUAGAAGUCUGUAUGCUGUUCAUCUCAGUCAUCUACAUCCUAUGUUACAUCUAUCGCUAUGUUUUGAUCGCGGAGACUGUUGAGAUGUUGAGAGCCACCUAUCAUGAACAUUAUGUGGACAUGGCCUAUAUCGCCUACUGGGAUGAUAUCCUUAAGGCCCUUGUGGGUCUCAUUCUGUUCAUAGAGAUGGUUAAGGGUUUACAGUUACUACGCUACAGCAAGAGGUUUGCAAUGUUUGGGAAUGUCUACAGAAGGGCUUAUAUGGAGCUUUUCAUAUUCUUGGUCAUGUUUGUGAUACUAGUGGGUGCCUACUCAAGUCUUGGUGUUGCUCUGUACUCUGCUUCGUCCUAUGACUUCCAACAUCCUGGGUUUGCUGCCCAGGCCAUGGUUGGUUUGAUGACCAGGAUCUACUCAUUUGCGGACAUUGAGAGGUUCUACAAUGUUGGUGCCAGAUUGUUUAUUGUCAGCUUCCUUAUGUUUGCCCUUGGCAUGUUGACUAGUUAUAUCGUAGCCAGCCUGUCAUAUCACUUCAAGCACUACAAGCAGGAGGAGACAUUCUCAAUGUCAGUCACUGAGACACUCAACUUCUACAUGAAAAAGAUGAAGAGUCUCAUCCGCAUGCAGCGUGUCUAUGAGUAUGACUCUGAUGGGGAGGAUGAGGAUGAGAAUGCAUUGCCACCAGAGUUCACAAUGGCUGAGAUAGAGUAUCAGGUUGAUGAACUGCUGUUUAAGAUGAAUGAACUGACUGGUCUGUGUAACCUGCCAGACAAACCAGUUUAUGACUUCACAGACUCUGACUGUACAUUUGCUGCUGGUGAUGAACUCUCGAGUGGAGGCUCAGAUGGCCAUCCUGGGUUCAAUGAUGAACGGUUUGAGCAGAGAAUCCACAAAAUCCAGGAUAACAUGUAUAGCUGUGAGCCCCAGCUUGCCCACCUACUUGGCCUCGACCCUCACAAGCGCCCCACCCUGGGGAACGAGAAGGAAAAACAACUAAGAUCCCAGCUUGAGCUUGAGAUAUUCCGGCAACUCCAAAUGCAGCGUCACCCUCAACGAUCUGAAGUAGAGACAUCUAGUGGUGGUGUCAUGUCUGGGUCAGAGCCAGGAGCUCCCUCAAGUGGUAAUAGUUCACCUGCAGCUAACCCAUGUGUGCCAGAAAAUGCUAACCAUACAGAAAGUGCUAACCUGAAAAGAUUGGGUUACAUUCACCCACUGUCGGCUAACCCUAAUAUAACUAUGAUGAGUGGUAGAAGGCUCUUUCCUAGACCACCAGAUAAACUAGGGGUACUCUCUGGUUCUAAUCAAGUAUCACCAAAGCAGAAAGACAAAAGACUGAAGGGAUUAGAGAUCCUGAACCCUCAGGAUCUACAAUCAAAUAUCCCUGACAUUGAAAAACAGGUGUUAGCUUUGCUACAGAAAGAGACGCUCGCACCAGUGUCUGCUGAAUCAGGGGCUAGACCCAAAACUAAAUCUCAGAAUAAAUACAAUAGCAUAGAGAUGCAUGCAUUAGGCAAUAGUCCCCAGUCGUCUCAGAACUCUGCUCAGCUGAAGGAAGACUUCAAGCAAUCAAGCCUACAAGACUUGCCCCCCAUAGAGACAACCAAAACCAGCAUCAUAGGUAGUCCUGGUCAGGUGGUCAGGGGACAGUCCUAUAGUACAGUGGAACCCAUAGCUGACUAUGGCUACUUAUAUGACACUAGCUCAAGCUCAGAAAUUGAUAGCACAAAAUGUAAAAGUGGCAAGCGUAGCCUGAGGAAGACAAAAUCUCGUGGGAAGGGGAAAGGACUGAGUCGAUUGACUCCUGUUGAGGGUAUGGAGUCUGGGGCUGUAAACCAUGGGUAUGCUACUGAUAGUGACAAUGAGGAAGAAAUUGAAAUAGAUGAUCUGACGACUCCAAGUGGGAGGGGAAGUCUCUUUAGAGAGGCCUGGGCUUGAAAUUGCAUUAAUUUUUAAUGUAUAGCAAGACAUUUUUAUGUGCAACUUAAUUUCAAAAAGCAUGAAAUCCAAUUGUACAAACAAGUUCUCAUCAGUCUUAUACUAUGGAUUCAAAGGGAAAUAAAAUCAGUAAAUAAAACCAAACUACAUGUACAGUUUUUGAUCAACACUAGCUGAAGCCUUUUGGGGCUCUUUAAUUCAAAGGAAUUGAGACAUUUUUAAAUUUUCAAAAAUUCUCCUUUAAGGUUAAAGAAUGCUUAAACUAUCAUGCUUAGUGCAUUAGUUGUAGAAAAGCAGAGGUUAAGUAAGAGAUUAUGUAACUGAUAUUAUUAUAUUAGAAAUAUACAUAUACGUAUUUUCUUAUAUUUUAUUUGCAAUUUUUUUUAGAAAACAAAUUGUUAAUAUAUUAUAUAAUAUAUACAAACAUAAAUAUUUUAUGUUACUUAAAGCAAUACAUAUGUAGAAAA